AUGUUAAUCGACGACGAAAUAGCAUUACGUGACUGGCUUGUUGUAACACUUGAACCAUUAUGUGAUGCUGAACCAAUUGCACUUGCUCGUUAUGUCCUCGCACUUGUUGCUAAAGAUAAACCCUUAGAUAAACUUCGUGAAAAUUGUGUUGAUAGACUUGAAGUUUUUCUUGAUCGAGCUACGAAAGAUUUUGUUGAACAAUUAUUUGAUGUUAUACGAAAUCGAAGAUAUAUUCCCGAUGGAAAAAAAGAAAAUGUUCAACCUAAACCAAGUGAAAUAAAUUCUGAAUUAUUAGAAAUACAUCAACAACAAAAUGUACCAUCAUCAACAAAAGAAGAGAAUAUUCCACAAAUUGAAUCAACUCCAAUACCAACAACAUCUUCAUCUACACCUAUAAAAAGACGAUAUUCUUCUCGUCGUACUGAUAAUAAUAAACGUCAAUCGGGAGGUUCGCCAGCAGCUAAACGCACUCAACGUUCUUAUUCUCAUUCAUCAACUGAUUCUUCAUCUCCUCAGUCACCAACAAAUCUAAAUAAAAUACCAUGUAAAGAUUAUAUUGAUAAUAAAGGUUAUUGUGCACUCGGAGAUUCAUGUCCAUAUGAUCAUGGAUCAAAUAAUUUACCAUUCGAACAACAAAAUUAUUAUCCAUCUUAUCAACAAUAUGAUAAUUCAUCAUCAUCACAUCUGCAUCAACCAUAUAAUCCUGAAGCACCUGAUUUAAAAUAUGAUCCACAUCAACAAUCAUCAAUGUAUGCGAGACAACCAUUACCAAUUGGUCAACGAACACUGGUAACAGUUGUAACUAAUGCUGAACCAUUACCAUUAGAACAAAAAUUACGACAAAAUGAUUCUAGCAGUGGUUUGAUAUCUCGGACAAAACGACAUGUCACAACAACAUCAUAUCCAAUGGAUAAACGAAUACAACAACGUGAUCAUCAAUCAAAAAAUAACAAUAAUCAUCAUGAUAAUAAUCAAAAUCGAGGCCGAAAACGUCCAUGGCAAAAAUCUGAAGGAUCCGCAUCAGGACCAGCAACACUUGAAAUACGUAAAAUUCCUGUUGAAUCUAAUACAAUUUCAAAAUUAAACGAACAUUUUAGUAAAUUUGGUACUGUUACUAACGUUCAGAUUGCUUUUGAUGGUUCUCCUGAUUCAGCAUUGAUUGCUUAUGGAACAUUUCAAGAAGCUGAAACAGCAUACAAAAAUCCUGAACCAUUAUUUAAUAAUCGUUUUAUAAAAAUAUUUUGGCAUAAUCCUAAUAAAAUACAAAAUCCUAUUUCAUCUUCAUCUGAUGUAUCAUCAACAAAAAAACCAAUAUCACCACCGAAUCCAGCGAAACAUCAUUGGACAAAAAUACAAAAACCAACACCCAAUACUAAUGAAACAUUAACGAAAAAAAAAUCGACUAUUCCACCUGUUCCAUCAAUAAUCAAAAAGGAAGCAGCAAAAAAAGCUGCAAUUGAAAUUCGUCGUAAAAAACAAGGUUUAUUAGAAGAACAAAUUCAACAACAAAAAUUAUUAUUAAAAAAACUUGAAUCAUCAGAAACAAAUGAAGAAAAAGAUUCAAUACGUUCAUUAAUGAAACAAGUUGAUACCACGAUAGUUACACUUAAAGAUUCACUUCGUACAAUACCAAUAAAAUCAACUUCACCACCAAUUAAACUUAGUCAACAAGAUAUACUUAAACAACGUCAAGAGAUAUUAAAAAAAGAAAUUGAAAGUCUUAGAGCUAAAACAUCAGCAGAUAUGCGUCGUGCAAUGAGCAAUACAUUAGAAACAAAAAAUCGAUCAAAUGAUACCGAUGAAGAUGAAGAAAUAACUCUUCUUAAUGAUCCAACAAAACCUCAACAAUAUGAAUUAGAAACACAUGAUGAAGCACAAUUACUCGAUUCUUAA